AUGUACCGCGCAUUUUGUUAUCAUCUCAGCUGGACUGCGUUACUGCAGCAAUGCCAACCGCGCUUGGGAGAAGGCCGCACUGCAAAGACUACAUUGACAGAUAUGAAGGUGGAGCUGGAGGUUCUUCUGGGCACCACAGGUUUCAUUUUGGGCAUGGUUCUGGAGCAUUCGGCCAGACCUUGGGUUGGCAGGGAGUGGUUGGUGAUUGCUCGGGUUAGAGUUGAUGAUAGAAUGCGGGUGCCUAGACCUGCCUUUCCCAUGCUGGCAUUUUUUGCGCAUGCAGCAGCAGAUCGUGUCAGCAGCCCUAGAUCAAGCCACCAUGACCAGCAGCCAUUCAUCUCCGUUGCUCCAUUGCCAGCCACCCAGAAAGAAAAAAAAUACACCAAACCCAAUUGUAUAUAG